UGGGAAAUAACAGAAAAAACCCCCCACAUUAUUUUGGGCUCUGGCUCUUUAUGCCUCUACAUAGAUUACAGGACUGGUGAUGAUACUGUAGAGAAUUUCUUCAACACCAGAGGAUUUCUCUCCAUCGUUUCUUACGUGCUGUUUGCAAAGGCAACUGGGCUUUGUGCAUCCUUUCUUAUCUCUUGUUUUUCAUAUACAGAAACCAGCAGGCGGUCUUAGAAAACCAGAUCGUGCCGCUCACGCUCCACUGGCUUCCCAUCGCACACGAGAUAGAAUCCGAGUUCCUAACGAUGGCCCAGAUAGGAUCCACAAUGUCUGGACUCUCCUUGCCUUACGGAUCUCCUAGCCUGCUUUCCUAGGGGCACCACUGCGGCCCCCUUCCUACGCCCCGGCACCGUAAACCCUUCUCUCAGCGGAUCUUCCCGCAGAUCUCCCAGAGCCUGUGGCUUCUGUUCUGAAGAGGGCACUUUGGCGUCUCAAAUGGGCAACUGCCUUCCUUUAGUUUCCAGCAGUUUACUCUUUUUUCCAUACAUUUAUCGCUAAGAACGCAUGUACAGAGCAUAAAUCUUUGUAGAGUUAUUUCACGUUUGCUUUCUCAACUAGAAAAUACUUCUCUUGAGGGCGGGCCCAGCGUCUGCGCGCCCGCCCACGGUGUAAUAGCGCGGGCCUGGCACGUAGUGGAACCUUAACAAAUGGUGGUGGAAUGAAUAUGUAAACAGUCGCACGCAGCAGAAACGGAGGAAACUAAGGAAUAAAAGGCACAUGGUAUUUCAAUAACUUUUAAAAAAAAUUACCAAGAGACUUUACAAUUAGAAGCAGUGGUGCAACUAAGUACCGCAGUCUUGCCCGGCCCAGUCCCGCGGCACACCCGCGCCUGCGCAGAGCUCCCCUGGCGGCCCCGCUCCACCUUUCCCGAAAGGGCGGGCUACGAGCCCUCGGACGCGUGUGGAUGACGUCACUCGGCGCGUACCUGGUAGCCCGUAGUAACCCGGAGUCCAGGGAAGUGGAGACCUGUGGGCAGUCUGCUAAGACAGCAGCCACUUAUGAUUGUAGAAGAUUAAGGCAGAGACAAAGCCCCAUCUGAGAUUUUAGCGAAGCUCUCGAACAGCAAGCUAGACCAUGGAAAUAAAGCUGGAUCCUUCCCGAGAUGAUCUGCCUCUCAUGGCCAACACCAGCCACAUGCUUGUGAAGCAUUAUGUACUGGAUUUAGAGGUGGAUUUUGAAAGUCGCAUCAUUGAGGGCACCAUAGUGCUUUUCUUUGAGGAUGGAAGCAGAUUCAGGAAACAGACUAGCUCUACCAAGGAAACUUGCCAGUUGGCAUCAAACAAAGCCUACAAAUUUAGGACACCUGAACUCUGCCAUAUUCCUGUGACAAAUGCAAGAACAACAUUUAAUGUGGGAUAUAGUGAUUUUGUAAUUUGUGAUAAAGGUGAAGAAGAUACUUCUGAUAAAGAUGGUAACCAUGACAACCAGGAACAGGCUUCUGGGAUCUCUAGCUCAAAGUACUGCUGUGACACAGAGAAUCAUGGGAGAGAAGAUUUUUUGCUAGUGUUGGACUGCUGUGAUUUAUCUGUGUUAAAGGUCGAAGAGGUGGAUGUUGCUGCUGUGCCCGGUAUUGAAAAAUUUAUAAGGCCUUCCAAGCUCACGACUGUUUCUGAAGAGCUCAGGAAUGAGAUUGUUCAUGAACUUGUGACUCUGCCUGCAGUUCAUUGGAGGAAGCAGUUAGACUAUUUUGUUCGCUGUAGCCAGGCUCCUAGCUGCGGGGAACUCUUCUUUGACACUGACACUUGGAGCUUACAGAUCAGGAAGACAGGGGCUCAGACAGCUACUGACUUUCCCCAUGCAAUCAGGAUAUCCUACAAAACCAAACCUGAGGGGCAGUCAGUUACUUGGACCUCAGACCAGAGUGGCAGGCCAUGUGUUUAUACUAUGGGAUCUCCCAUAAACAACAGGGCCCUUUUUCCAUGCCAGGAGCCACCCGUUGCCAUGUCAACAUGGCAGGCUACAGUUCGAGCAGCUGCAUCUUUUGUUGUUUUAAUGAGUGGAGAAAAUUCUGCCAAGCCAACACAGCUUCAUGAAGGGUGCUCAAGCUGGCAUUACUAUGUUACCAUGCCGAUGCCAGCCUCCACCUUCACAAUCGCGGUGGGAUGCUGGACAGAAGUAGUGCCCAAGAAGUGGUCGUCAAAUGAUCUGAUGAUAGAGAGACCCUUCCCACUUUCUGAGACUGACUGCAGGUAUGUUGGUGUUUGCAGUCACAUGGAGUACCCCUGCCGCUUCCAGAAUGCUGCGGCCACCACCCAGAAGGUCAUUCCUCAUCGAGUCUUUGCUCCGGGCUGCCUCAAGGGAGUCUGCCAAGAGAUCCUUCUGCGGUUGCUCCCUCCUUGCCUCUCAGCCGCACAUUCUGUUUUAGGGUCACACCCAUUCUCCCGCCUGGAUAUACUCAUUGUCCCUGCCAACUUUUCAAGUCUGGGAAUGGCCAGCCCACAUAUCAUCUUCCUCUCCCAGAGCACCUUGACAGGCAGGAGCCAUCUCUGCGGGCCCCGGCUCUGCCAUGAAAUUGCUCACACCUGGUUUGGCCUGGCCAUUGGCGCCCGUGACUGGACGGAGGAGUGGCUCAGUGAAGGGUUCGCCACUCACUUGGAAGAUGUAUUCUGGGCUGAAGCACAGCAGCUGGCCCCCCACGAUGCCGAGGAGCAGCGGGAGCUGAGGGCCUGCCUGCGCUGGCAUCGCCUCCGGGACGAGCUUCGGAACUCCCCCGAAGAGAUGCAGGUGUUAAGACCCAGUAAAGAGAAAACUGGCCAUGUGAGUGACUCGGGAGCAUCUGUCGUCAAACAUGGACUCAAUCCAGAGAAGAAUUUCAUGCAAGUUCAUUAUUUAAAGGGCUACUUCCUCCUUCGGUUCCUUGCCAGAAGACUUGGGGAUAAAACCUAUUUUUCAUUUUUAAGAAAAUUUGUGCACAAGUUUCAUGGACAGUUGAUUCUUUCCCAGGAUUUUCUUCAAAUGCUGUUGGAGAACAUCCCAGAAGAAAAAAGGCCUGACUUGUCUGUUGAAAACAUCUUCCAAGACUGGCUUGAGAGCUCUGGAAUACCAAAGCUUGGAGUAGAAACAUUUCCUGGCCAGCCCUGCGCCCACCCAUGGGAAUCACCUGACCCAGAGCCACCUCUCUCCUGAUUAAGCUAGGUUCUGCUCCUCUCAGAGCCUCCUGAGGAGCCCAGUCCCCUCAGCCACCGAGAUGUUCAUACUGGCAUGAGCCUGGAUCCUGGAAAGUCUAAGGGUGGUAUCCCAGGGCAGCUGCAGACCAGGCCUGCCCACCACAGUGGGCCUUGGUGGCUGGGGUGGACCUCCAUGGCCAAGAGAAGUUCUGCCAGGAGCUCAGGCCAGCAGCCCCUGAGGCUGCUUUUUUCUAGUUUUGUGACUGGUUACCUGAGCUUCCCCUUGGGAGUGUCUGAAUGUCAGUGAAUGUCUGUGACCCAUGAAAUGAAGGAACGGGAGGGCUGGUCUCCUUUACCUUUUCAUCCCUUUGCUCAUAUCUUUGUCCUUUCCCACCACACGGGGGAAGAUGUCUGCUGCUAACUGCCAUUAGCUCAUUCUUCUAAAAGGACGCUUUGCCUGCUGUUCAGGAAUGCAUGUCACCUGUUAAAUGUUAUUUGUUUGCCCCAACCCUUCUGGGAGCAAGAAAUAAUAAUAACAAUAACGAUAAACAAAACCAGACCUGGGCAGCACCUCACUUGUGAGGCAGUGCUCUGAAAGUGUACAUAUUAUGAGGUCCUGUGGUUUCUAGGAAGAUGACUUCCAAGCCAGAGCCCUCACCGAGUACCAAAGUCCAGGGAGAACAAGUCUGUUUAGUCAUGAACAGCCAAGCCUUACCCUUGGUGUUUUACUUGGGAGGGGUGGGGGUGCUUCUCUGAAGCCCUCUGUGUCAUGUUCCUAAGCCAGGCUGUUAAGAGGCUCCCAGACAUUCUUGGUGUGGCCUGGAAGGUGGGAAGAGUUGGGAGCUCAGAGAGCUAGCCCCCAAAUUUCCUGGCUUGGAACAAGGCUGUUCUCUGCAGCAGUUAGGAGGGAAAGGAAAAGGAAGAGUCCUUAAUUGUGUGCCCAGAAGCAGGUGAACCCGCUAAGGUUUUGGGGCUGGGGCUGACCCUCUUAGCAGGCACUGCCAUGUGCCCUAAAAGGCAAGGUUUUGCCCCCAGCAGAGGCUUUUGCUUUCCCCCUUUGUUUGAAAGGAGCAAGGGUGCAUGGAAGGUGGAGAUUUGCCUCUGGCCUGUACAUUUUUUCCCCCCAAGGUGUAGUUGCAUUAGUGACAGCUUAUAGUAUAGAGGAGAUCCUCUACUAUAAACUGACAAAACCUGCUGUCAAAACAGCCAGGUGCAAUGAGGCUAACCGGCUAUAAAUUGUCUUUAAGACUCAACUGGUAUUUCCUUGGGUGCUUAACUGUUCAGUAAAAACAACUGCAUGAGACAGAAAAGACCCUGAUUUAGUGCACAUAGUGCCAUCGGUGAAUGAUCACACGGCGUCUUUUCAUCUCUUCUACCCGUUUUUUGCCACUAUUUAGAUGGCUGCUGGUGAUUUACCUGCUCUUACCCCCUUUCACACUCCUAGGAAGUUUCUUUUCUUUUCCACUCCAGUGAAAGGCUCGGCAAGGACCCGAGACCCUCUAGUUGCAGGAGCCUCACAGUGAAUGGGACACCUUGUUCUUUGUCCCCAUCAUUAUGAUAUAAGGUUACAAGCCUGCCUGCCCUGGAAUGACAACCAAGCACUGAAAUCACUCUCAUGUU